UAAACGGUGAACACAGACAAAGAGAGACAGACUGAACUUCAUGGUAACCCCGUAAGUUUUGAACAUUUUAGACCAGAGAACUUUAAGUCUUUGUCUGACCAUAUGCCCAUAAUCGCCUAAUAUCAAGAAGAAGAGAUUUCAGGAAAAAAGGGAUACAGAGAGAGAGAGAUAAAGAAAGGAUCUAUUUGGAGCUUUUGACGUGUGGAUUUUUCUUGUACUGUAUGCAUGGGAGCAGUGGUUGUCUUGGAUGCUAUACUAAGCCUGAACUGAAUACCCCUGAAAAAAAGACAUUGAGGGAUUUUAGAGUUAAAGGUCAUUCAGCAAGGAAGCCUAGCUUAUCAGAAGAUUAUUGGACCACCAGCAUGUGUGAUAUGGACAAUAGCAUCUCAUCAAUUAGCACAAACAACCAGGUCCUUGAAGCUCAAGGCGUUGCUGGCAUUGCUGGUGCACCUUCUGAGUUUGUAAAUCAUGGUCUUCUCCUCUGGAAUCAAACUCGGCAACGUUGGGUAGGAAAUAAAAGGUCUGAGAACAGAGCUCAGCAAGUGCAGGAACCCAAACUAAAUUGGAAUGCGACAUAUGAUAGUUUACUUGGAAGCAAUAAGCUGUUCCCUCAGCCUAUUCCUCUUUCUGAAAUGGUAGAUUUUCUUGUCGACGUUUGGGAGCAGGAGGGUAUGUACGAUUGAGACACAGAAAGUACAAGACAUGUUACAUUUGAAGGUUGGUCAAAAAUUGGAACUAAUCUUAGCUGUAACAUUUGAUUUGCUUUCAUAGUGAACAAUCAGUGAAGCAAAGCCAUGGAACAUAUAUCAAUUAUCAAUUGCAACAUUAUCAGUCAUCUGCCCUCCGUUGGGUUUUUGUUUCAAUCCAGACAUUUUCUUGUUAUGUGUCGGUCGGUGGAACCAAUAAAACAUUGCCAUGUUUUUGAGCAA